AUGAUUACCCUCACCCGUCCUGCCACUUCUGGAGGAGCGCACACAGUGCCGUUCGCGACCAUUCAAGGUAAUGUUACCCGACUCACCGGAACGGAGCUCAGCCGGAUCGCAGCCCUGUGCCGCUUGUACCUGUAUGCGAUCGCAUUGCAGGGUAUGGAUGGGGAGACCUCCUGUGAUCCAGUCCGCAACAAGAGCAUCACAAAAUUGGGUGGAGCCGUCAGUGUUCCGAUCGGCUACCCUACAUGCCCGAAAGAUCAAGACGUGACAAGAGACGACUUCGUACCGAAUGGUACAAGCUGCAAAACUCGACCAGCCAUCUCCGUCCACCAAGACGAGAAUGAUUGCCGCAUUUACGAGUCCGUCACGUGCAACGGGGACUUGAUGGCGAGAAAGCCAUCCGAUCAGCAGGGACAGUAUAUGCGACUUUGCACCCAAGAGCAAAAGGAUAAAUUGGACACUCUCCUCCGCGGGACUGGUCAAAUUGACCGAGUACCUACACAUGUCGAUCCUGGAUACCGAGGUGAUAAGGUCAUGUAUAUCUCGCUUCGCGGCAGGUCGAUUCCGUACGACGCACCGCUCUCUCCUUUCUACGCCAGCGCCAGCAACAAGCAAAACGGACAGAUGUCGAUAUCUCGAACUGCUAUGCUCUUCCUCACUGCCUUGACCAGUGAAGUCAACGCCGUUGACACGAAUCAGCAGUAUGCGAGCCUCUCUACCACCGUAGAAGAAAUCACAAUCGCCCGUUACGAUGAAGACAAGGCAUACGUAGUAGCGUGCCACUUCGCGAAGCUCAGUGAUGGACAGGACCCAGGGUCAGGGAUCACCAAGCGCUUCCAAGUGAAGUUCGGCAGUCGAAUGGAGAAGGCGCAGACCAAGAUUGUACACAACUCGCCUAUUCCAGCGUGCGACGGCAAGAUGCUGGACUUCAGCAAAGCACUGAUGAGGCAUCUCCAUGACGAGCAUCAUCAGAAACACCUUGAGGACAGCCGCCGACAGAACGGUGACCACGCGCGUGUCGCAGAAGUUGCUGCAAUGUUGGCUGCUCAGAAGAACCCCACCAAAAGCUCAGAGGCUUCCGCUCUCAACGAUCGCAACCCAGCCCCGGCUGGACACGAACACCAUCAUAGCACAAAGGUUGUUGUGGGCGAUUCCAAAGACGGGAAGCGAUUUCCGUGCCCUAUGUGUGCUGCGGGCGUGGGCUAUCAACACGAAGGAGAGUGUCAGUGCUUCGACAUCGUCCAUGAGGGUGACCCAGCUGGCAAGUGGAUGGACCCAUACUUCCGCACACAGCACGCAGCAAACGCUAGCGCCCCACUGGAAGAUGAAGAUGAUGACAGCCAUGACUUUGAACUCUACCUUCUGAAGCCCACUGACGCUGGUCUCGGGCCUGAGCCAGUCAAUCAGCCCACCCAAGACGGAGCUGACUCAACCACACAUCGUGAUGAUGGAUACCCCGACGAUACUACCCCCAGCGAAGAUACUGGUAGUAUACCGAAGACGAAUUCUGUCGGCAGCGCGCAAGUUGCCCCUGGCACUCGUAAGCGAAAGCGUGGCCAUCCCUCCGAGGAGCAUGAGGACGGCGAUGGGGGUGAGGACGCUGGCGCGCACGUCCACAAAGCUCGUAGGACGGGAACCAAGCGACGCAUAUCUCAGGAAGCCAUUGAUGGAAGCCAAUUUCCAGUCGAUGACCCACAGCAUGCGGAGUCAAUUGCCAGAACCGGGCUUUCUGACCAGUUCGACGAGAAGAUGUGA